GUGAAUCAGCAGUACGGUUUAGUAGGAUAUUUGCUGAUGAAAACGUCGCGAGGAAACAGAUCCCUUAUUUACUUUCUUUUUCUGUAACACGCUGUAGCAGCAGGAACUUUAAAAUAAUCCGCAGCGGAAGGCUAAGGAAGGAACUGUAUCCCAGGCUUCCAAAUGACAUAUUCUCUUGAAAGCGCAUUCUUCUCUAUAAGCUGAGUCAUCCGGUGGAGGAAGCAUACUCAUUUAACCAACUGCAAGUCCUGUUUUUUUCGUUUUUUAAGAGUUGGUCUUCUUGGUGACUCAUGCAGGUUAUUCUUCAAAACAUUUCCGGGUGAAUAUUUGAAAAACGCAAAGAAAUGGAUUUAUAAGCGUUGAACUGGGUUUUAAACAGAUUUUCUCUUUUCCUGCUGCCGUUUCCCGGCGCAUAUAGUGUGUCUGAAUUAAUAUCCACAACUUGGGGAUAUUUGCAGGCAUGUAUUUUAUUUGUUCAUUGCUUCAGAAGGGCAGAUCCCAGACUCACCCGCAACCAACACUUUGGUAAUCUGCUGUCUUGUGAGGCAGAAAAAUGUCACAGCAGCUGGACAAAGAAGCCUUUAUAAGUAACCUGAAUGGAACCACCUUACGUGAAAUUUCGGUUGGCUUACCUCUUGCACCAUUAUGUCUUCUUACCAGAGGGUUGCUCCUAAUUUUGUAUUUUCUCCACUAUGGAAGGCCUUUACGCUCAAUGUAUGGUAAUUUUUUUCUAGACUUCACUGUCCUAGUCGUCCCUCCAAUACUUUCCUGUACAAUUUUGGCUUCCAUACUUCCUUUCGUGAUCCUCUCCAUUAUGGUGCUCUGCACAGGCUUGAUUUCUGUCAUUUAUAGUAAACGGACAAAUUAUGCCCAAGUGUCACUUAAGCAAAUCUUAGAUGAUUUCCUGAGAACAAACUUGGAACCAGAAUACAUUCCCUCCGUAACCACGUUCCGCGUGUUCAUCAAUUUGUGGACAUCCAUUAGCAUCCUGGCUGUAGACUUCCCACAGUAUCCCCGGCGAUACGCCAAAACAGAGACUUAUGGAACAGGAGCGAUGGAUUUGGGAGUUGGCGCAUUUGUUUUUGGAAAUGCUGUGGUUUGUCCAGAAGUUCGGCUGAAACCCGGUGCAAUACAACACAAAUACUUUUAUCUCACACGGCAAUUCGUGAGCACGUGGCCCCUCCUUCUCCUUGGCUUUGGACGACUGAUGAGCGUUAAAGCAGCUGACUAUUAUGAGCACGUCACUGAAUACGGCAUGCACUGGAACUUUUUCUUCACUUUAGCUGCCGUGCGAAUGGCUGCAUCGCUGCUUCUGACUGCAUUCCCUGCGCACAAAGCCUGGAUUGUCGCAAUGAUGCUUGCUGUAGUUUAUGAAUGCUUUCUUGACAUUACACCGCUGAAGAUGUUUAUUUUGCAUGGAAGCAAUGGGCAAGAUUCAAGGACUGGUUUUUUAAAUGCCAACAGAGAGGGCAUAUUUUCUGUCAUUGGUUACCUUGCUAUCUACAUGGCUAGUGUGCAAGUCGGUUUGUAUUUGUUAAGAAAGAGAACAACAGCAAGAGAGUGGCUUAGAGUAAUCUCCUACUUUUUGCUGGCCACUUUUCUCCUCUUUAUAUGUCUCUACAUUGCUCAGUUACACAUUGACACCGUGUCCCGACGAAUGGCAAAUCUUUCUUUUUGUAUAUGGAUUGUUGCUCACUGCUUGUUUCUCUUUAGUUGUUUUUUAGCAGUUGAUCUCAUUCUUAUAUUCACAAAGCUUCUGGUGGGUGGGGCUGAUAUUCCUUGUAGUUGGAAUUUUCUGCAGCCAUCAACAUAUAAAAAACCUCAUUUGGAAUUCAGGCACAGAAAAACAGUAUCUCAGAGUAUGUGCAUGAUCAGUGCUGUGAACAAAAACCAGCUUCUGUAUUUUUUGCUAGCCAAUAUUUUAACUGGUCUUGUAAAUAUGCUGGUUGAUACAGUUCACAGCAACACACUCUCUGCUAUGCUAAUUCUGCAUUUAUAUAUGUUUACAAACUGUUUAGUUAUGUAUAUGUUACAAGCAAAAAAUGUCAUUUUAAAGUGGUGGUAAUUUAUAAAACUGCAGGAACAUGUCCAGGCAGUUGCCAAGAGUCAAUAAUGACUUGAAGGCACAAUAAUAAUAAUAAUAACAACAACAAUACAGCUGCAGUUCAUGAAAUAUAAAGCCUUGGUGUUUUUCCUUAGGUUUUGGAUAUAUGUGCAUAGGACUGUGUAGUUUUUUUUACAAUUUAACAACCCAGUUCUGACUUUUGGGAAAUGGGAGGGAAUUAUUAUUUUAAACCAGAGAGAUUUCUUGUCAGUAAUGUGAUAUAUUUACAAAUUUUUGUGACAUCACAAAAUAUAAAAGCUGUAUCACUGGA